GGAGCACAGCGGGGCUUGACGCUGUAAAAGCAGCAGCUCCGGACUUUGUGAACACAUCAAACUUAUGUUUUUCCACUCCGGCGUCUUUCCUCUCCAUGUAGCAUCAAUGCCGAAAUUCACCCCCAGGCCCUCGGGUGUGGCUGCCGCCUGUUUCUGCGCUCAGCGCUAAGCGAUGGACCAGCAGCAGGUCCAGGUGAGCGACGAAGAGCCCGUAGUCCUGCGAGAGGAGAGCCGGAGGAGGAGGAGGAAGAAGGCCAUCACGCCGUCGUCCUGCGCCUCCAUGGAUCAGAUCACCGUGGAGUUCGUCCUGCCCAGCGCGGCGCGCGGCGGCAGCGGCCCCGACACCCUGCUGCUGGAGGUCGCCGCCAACUGGACGGUGGAGCAGGUGAAAGCUCAGGUGUGGCUGCGGGCCGUGGCCUCCAACCUGUGUCCAGACUUCUACCAGAGGUUUUCCCCCGAUCACUGCAUCCUGCUCUACCAGAAGAAAGGCAGCGUGUGCGAGAUCUACGACAAACACCAGGUGUUCCAGACGCUCGACUGCAUCCGCUACUGGAGAGCUCUGAAGAAGGAGGUGGGGCGGAUCCAGCUGGUGCCCCGCCCCCAGCCAACGGACGAAUCCCUGCAGUACCAGCGUUACCUCAACUACCUGAUUGGCUACGACGUGACGGACGUCAGCAACGUGCACGACGACGAGCUGGAGUUCACCCGCAGGAAGCUGCUGACGCCGCGGCGCAUCGAGCUGUCCGAGCGCGACGCCAAGCUCUACAGCACCGACCCCUGGCUGACGGACAGGCCGCUGACCGAGCACCUGCUCAGCAAGGUGAGUAACGGUCACAUCCUGCUGGUGAUUCACGUCGGCUCCAACAGUCAGACCAUCAAAGUCUCCAUCGACGACACGCCGGCUCAGGUGCUGGCCAGCUUCUUCACCAAGACGGCCAAUAAGAAGGCUCUGCUGGGCAUCCCUGACAGUGUGUGUGAGGCCGACUUCGUGCUGCGUGUGUGUGGCAGGGAGGAGUAUCUCUACGGCGAUAAACCGGUGCAGAACUUCCACUGGAUCCGUCAGUGUCUGAAGAACGGGGAGGAGAUCCACCUGGUCCUGGAGACGCCGCCCGACCCGGCCCUGGACCUGGUGCAGAGGGAGGACUGGGCCCAGGUGGACGACUGCACCGGAGUCGCAGGCACCCACGAGCAGCUGACCAUCGACGAGAAGGACCACGAGCGGGUCUUCACCAUCUCCAUGUGGGACUGCAAUAGGAAGUUCAGGGUCAAGGUGCUCGGCAUCGACAUCCCCUCCCUGCCCAAGAACCCCGAGCUCACCGUGUUCGUCGAGGCCAGCAUCUUCCACGGACAGCAGCUCCUGGCCCAGGAGCGGACGACCUCCAAGCCCCUCAGUGAGGAGGUCCUGUGGAACUGCUGGUUGGAGUUUAACAUCAGGAUCAGAGAUCUGCCGAAAGGAGCGCGCCUCAACCUGCAGGUUUCCUGCGGGAAGUCGGCUCAGACGCCAAACUCCAAGGCAAGCUCCGCCCACCAGGACGGGACAGGAAGUGGAGGAAGCGGCUCCCACGAUGGGAAGACGAAGAGUCGCCUCCUGUACUACGUCAACCUGCUGCUGGUGGACCACCGCUCGCUGCUGCGGCAGGGCGAGUUCAUCCUGCACAUGUGGAAGAUGCCGGAGAAGAGCGAGGAGAGCAGCAGCAGCGUCAACGCCGACAAGCUCACCUCGGCCACCAACCCGGACAAGGCCUCGUCCAUGGCCGUGUCCGUCCUGCUGGACAGGUACUGCUUCCCCGUGGUGCUGCCCAAGAGCCGCGAGGCGGGCCGGGACGCCGCGGCGCCGGACGAGGCCGAGGGCGGCGAGCGGGGCCAGAGGGAGAUGCCCAACCACCUGAGGAAGCAGUUCGAGGCCAUCGUGGCCACGGACCCCCUGCACCCGCUCAGCCCCGAGGACAAAGAGCUGCUGUGGCACUUCAGGCACGAGUGCAUGCGCCACCCCAGGGCCUACCCGAAGCUGCUGAGCUCCGUCCGCUGGGGCAAACAGGAAGACGUCCUGAUCACACACCGCCUGCUGGAGCGCAGCACCGCCUGGGACAGCAGCCGUCUGGACGUGGGUCUGGCCAUGCAGCUGCUGGACUGUCACUACUCAGACGCUCAGGUGCGCUCCAUGGCCGUCAGGAAGCUGGAGACGCUGGGAGACGACGACGUGCUGCGAUACCUGCUGCAGCUCGUCCAGGCGGUCAAGUUUGAGCCGUACCAUGACAGCGCCCUGGUCAGGUUCCUGCUGAAGAGAGCGCUGAGGAGUAAGCGUAUCGGCCACUUCCUGUUCUGGUUCCUGCGCAGUGAGAUCGUCCAGUCGAUGCACUACCAGCAGAGGUACGCCGUCCUGCUGGAGGCGUACCUGCGCGGCUGCGGCGAGGCCAUGCUGCAGGACUUCAGGAAGCAGGUGGAGGUGACCGAGGCUCUGCAGAGAGUCACCAGAGAGAUCAAGGCCAUGUCUGCAGACAAAUACGACGUCAGCGCACAAGUGGUGUUCCAGCUGCGUCAGAAGCUGGAGACUCUGCAGUCGUCGGGGCUGCCGGACAGUUUCAGAGUCCCGUACGAUCCUGGCCUGAGAGCUGGAGCCCUGCUGAUCGAGCAGUGUAAAGUGAUGGCGUCCAAGAAGAAGCCUCUGUGGCUGCAGUUCAAGCGAGCCGACCCGACGACCCUGUCCCGGGACGCCAUCGGCAUCAUCUUCAAAGACGGAGACGACCUGAGGCAGGACAUGCUGAUCCUGCAGAUCCUGCUGAUCAUGGAGUCGAUCUGGGAGACGGAGAACCUGGACCUGUCCCUGCUGCCGUACGGCUGCAUCUCCACCGGGAACAGGAUCGGUAUGAUCGAGAUCGUGAAGGACGCCACCACCAUCGCCAACAUCCAGCAGAGCGUGGUCGGCAGCACCGGAGCCUUCAAAGACGAGAUCCUGCACCAGUGGCUCCGGGACCGCUGUGUGAGCGAGGACAAGUUCCAGCAGGCGGUGGAGCGCUUCCUGCUGUCCUGCGGCGGGUACUGCGUGGCCACCUACGUGCUCGGCAUCGGAGACAGACACAACGACAACAUCAUGAUCACCGAGUCCGGGAACCUCUUCCACAUUGACUUCGGCCACAUCCUGGGGAACUACAAGAGCUUCAUGGGCAUCAGUAAGGAGUGGGUUCCCUUCGUGCUCACGCCGGACUUCCUGUACGUCAUGGGAACGUCGGGCAAGAAGAGCAGCCCCCACUUCCACAAGUUCCAGGAUGUGUGUGUGAAAGCGUACCUCGCUCUUCGUCACCACACCAACCUGCUCAUCAUCCUCUUCUCCAUGAUGCUGAUGACCGGCAUGCCGCAGCUGACCAGCAAGGAGGACAUCGAGUACAUCCGCGAGGCGCUGACGGUGGGCCGCAGCGAGGACGAGGCGCAGCGCCACCUGCUGGACCAGAUCGAGAUCUGCAGGGAGAAAGGCUGGAUGGUGCAGAUCAACUGGUUUGUCCACCUGGUGCUGGGCAUCAAGCAGGGCGUGGAGAAACGCUCCGCCUAGAGCGCCGCGCCGCACGCCAGCGCUCCUGCUUUUACUUUGUUUUUCCUUUAUUUUUACAAAGAUAACUGUUACAGACGUUUUUUAUUUUUCCCUGAGAAGCCGUGUCCUCGAUGAGCUUCCGAUCUGCACAGAGAGUGUGGCGUUGAACCGGCAACCGCACAUUUCCCAUUUCAAAACCCCUCCAAGUCCUCCUCGAAAAAGAGACGCAGACAAAGACAGAUUCUAUAGAGAUCCAUCGUGUGUCUCCACCUGCAGGGGGCGCCAUAGAGGCCAAACAGUCAAAUCAGCAGCGGUUAAUGGGACUUUUCCAGAAACUCGGCUCUUUAAAUGAUAAUAAUAUUUUUUUUCUUCCUGUGCGUCGCUGAAAAUGAGCUGCUGGUUCUGGACGGAUCAGUUCACAGCGCUGAGCCACUUAUUCUGCUGUGUUUAGUGCUCAGUGCUGCCCCCGGUGGACAGACACUGAACUGCAGCCUGUCUCUCUGGAAGUGGACAAUUUAAAUCUGUAGAGUUUGAUGCAGCUGCUGGAGGAUGAGGAAUGUAACUGCACAGCAAAAAAACAAAAUAUAAAUAAAUAAAUAAAUAAAUAAAUCAUGAUCAUCGACUGAGAGCUGAAAGUCGACUGAAGGACGGACGAAGACUUGAAUUUUGAAAUCAGUAGAAACCAUGAACAGAAAAAUGUUCAUAAAUUCUGUUUUACUUUUUUGCACUUCAAAAGUUUAAUCUGAAGGAACGAUGAAGAAAAGGCUGAAGAUGACCAACUGAAAUUUAUAUUUUAUAUUUUUGCAUUUUCACGGCCACAAUGGCGACUGAAGCGCUGUCAGGACGUGAGAUUAGGAUUGGGAUUAAGUCGCCACAACGCAAACUGGACACCACAUGUUAAUGGUUAAGACUGAAAGU